AUGGAAAUUAAGAAUAACCAUACUUUCACAAAACAUAGUAAAAGCUUUAACAAUAAGACUAAGAAUAGUAAUCGUAGACAUAAUAAGAAAUUUACAAUCCAGAAACCACAAUAUCCUGGAAACGUAAUUAUUAGCCCAGGUAGUAGAUUUAUUGACAGUGCUAGUAAUAAAAAAGACAAAAAUGUGAAAAAUUAUAGUGAUAAAAUGGGUGAAUCUUCAAAUAAUUACAAGAUGUUCACUUCUAAUCAAACCAAUUCCAAAAGAAAUUACAAGCUUAUUAAUAACAAUAAACAUUCAUACAAGCACAUAAGACAAUUAAAAAAUAAUGAAAACGCCGGCAAUAAUAGAAAUAUUUUAUCAACAAAUAUUGAUAAAUCCGCAAAGAUACCUACAGACUUAACUCAACAAUUGUUAUAUUUGAGACAAAUUAAAUUUAAAUUAAAUGCUCCCUUCACCACUUUAAAGAAAAAGAAACAACCAUUAAAGGUAAGGUCUAAGACAAAACAGCAACAAAAGAAAGAAUUUAAAAAAAUAAGAAAUAGCAAUGUUUUUUUUUUAAUAAAAUCUGAGGAAGAAUUCAAAUUGUUAUAUAAUAAAUUCAAUUCUAACAAAACAUUGAACUUUAAGAAUUGCAAAAUAGAUUUCAUUAGACUUCACAAUAACGAUAUUGAUUGUUUUAUAAUACAAUUGUUUGAAUUUAAUUCCAUGGACUUUGCCAUGAUUAUGAUUUUUCUUUUUUAUACUUUAGCUAGGAAAACUAAUGAAAACUUAAACUUGCAUAUGGUAGUCCACCAAUCCACUAAAUUGCCACAAAUCGAUAUUAACAGUAAUACAGGGACUGAUGCAAAACUAAUUAUAAAAAAACAACUUAUAAAUUCAGGUAUGUAUCCGGGAUUCAUAGGAUAUAGAAUAAUUAGUCAUGGUAUUAAUUUUUUCAUGUUGAAAAUGAUCAAGCUAGUCAGCAAACAUUGGAAAUUUGAUGGAAAAACGGAUUUAAUCAGAAAUAAAUUGAAGAAAAAUCUUUAUGAACAAAUGAAGUUGAAUAGAAAUAAUGCUUUGCAAUUCAAAAUGGGUCAAAACUCCUUUUUAAAAGGUGUUAAUAGUUUAAAGAAUCCUAAUUCAUCAAAUAAACUUUUAAAAUAUUUUGAAAAACUCUCAAAGUAUAAUAUUGGUGUUAUUGCAGGUGGUUCUGGACUCAGCAGUUCGAAAAAGAAAGAUCAAUAUAUUACUACUAAUAUAAGUUUAAAAAGUAAUGAUAUUACUAGCGAAAAGAAACCAACAAAAACAAGUAUAAUUAAAAAUAUGAUUAUUUCUAACAAUAAUAAUAAUAAUAGUAAUAAUAAUAAUAAUAAUAAUAGUACUAGUAAUAUUGAUAUUAAUAGUAAUAGUAAUAAUAAUAAUACGAAAAUAACUACCUCAAAAUACAACUCAUCAAAGGCUACUAAUACAUCUACAAAUUAUAACGCUGAUAAUAUCAACAAAAAACCAGACGAGGAUAUCGUUUCAUUAUGUCUGCAAAUUAUUGAUAAAUCAAUUAGACAAUUGGAAUUCUUGGAAAAUUCAUCAUCGCCAUAUCAAAUCGUAAAAGUUUUUGUCAAAUUACCCCGCCCAAUAUACUCUUUGCCUAAUGAUAAAUUGACUAGCACCCUUUUGAAACCAAUUGGUGAUAAAACGAACUGUAAUAUUGUCAUUUUAAGUUACAUCAAUGUACACCAAUCACUGGAUUGGUUUAAUGACUUACAAUUACCAUUUAUAAACGAUUUAAAAGAACAACAUUGUAAGAUUAUAAAUAUUGGUGGGGUUGUGGGUAGUUGCAAACAAGCUUUAAAUAUGCUAAAAGAAGAUAUAAAAAGCAAAAUUAAGAAAUGA